UGUACAAAAGCUGUUCAAUUUCACUUCUUAUCGGCACGUCAAGACAUCGGGUAAUAGGAAGUUCGGAAGAUGUUGGUCUCCAUAGGAUGUAUUUGUGUGCUUUUUCAGCUCGCACUCUGCCUCCCAUCACCAAAGGUCACGUAUAACGGACAUAAAGUCCUAGAAAUUCUCCAUAAAACAGAAGAUGACUUCAAAAAGCUGCUGAGUAUGGAACUUAAGUUCGAACUUGACAUCUGGAAAAUGCCAAAGCAUGUGAAUGACUCUAUGUAUGUAAGAGUUGGUCCACAGCACCUUGAAGGCUUUGUAAAUGAACUUGGAAGUCUUAACACUGUCGUUUCUACACUGGUUGAAGACGUACAACAAUUGAUCGACACUCACUCAAGUCCACGUAUUCAUCAGAGCCACUCAAAUCGCCGAGCUGUAAACGCACGAAGCAGUGGAAUGGACCUCAACAGUUACCAUAUACACGAAUCCAUAAAUAAUUACUUAGCAUUCCUUACUACCCAAGUUCUCCCUAAUGACGUCGUUGCAACAGUCGAAAGUCUGGGCACCUCCGUUGAAGGACGUAAUGUCCAGAUGAUAAAGAUAAGCUCGCCGUAUGGAGCGCCCAAGCGUGGCAUCUUUAUUGAUGGAGGAAUUCACGCCAGAGAAUGGAUAGCUCCUGCAACAGUUGUAUAUGUGAUUGAACAUCUUGCCUACAAUCCAAAGAACGAUUCAAAUAUUUAUUCACUCCUUAGCCAUUUUGAUGUGUACCUCGUUCCUGUGGUCAACCCUGAUGGAUAUGAAUAUACUAAAGAUGUCCGUCUCUGGAGGAAAAAUAGAAAUACAAAUAGCGGGAGCAGCUGCGUUGGCGUGGAUCUUAACAGAAACUUCCCUUUUCAGUGGAACCCCGCCGUUGGUGGAAGUACAAAUCCGUGCAGUGAUAUAUACAGUGGAAGUUACAAAGGUUCCGAACCAGAGACAGCGAAUAUUGUCAACUAUUUACUAAAUCAUGGAUCCGAGUUCGAUGCCUACCUUACAAUCCACUCGUACGGACAAAUGUGGCUGUACCCUUGGGGUUAUACAUCAGCUUUACCAAAUGAUUAUCUUGAUCUAGACGCUGCUGCUGGUGACGCUGUCGCGGCUAUCAAAAGUCUUCAUCGUAAAAAGUAUACGAUUGGUUCAUCUACAAAUACUUUGUAUGCUGCUGCUGGUGGAUCAGACGACUUUGCCAAAGGUGGAGCAGGAAUAAAGUACGCCUACACCAUUGAACUCAGGGACACAGGCGCAUACGGAUUUUCUCUUCCAACCAGUUUGAUACAACCCACAGCCGAAGAGUUCCUAGCAGGAUUCUUGGCAUUUGCUGAAAAUAUUUUCAACAACGGAUAUGGAAAAUAAUUUGACGUUUAAUCUGGAUAAUACAGUUGUAUUUCAAAGGAAUAUUAAAACGGAAACAAAAUUAAAA